AUGAAUAUCACUAGUUCAGUUGUUUCAGAGCGUGAUCGGGCUUUAUUGGGGGGAGAUUAUAAUGCAUACCAUUCUCAGACCACCCGCAGAAUUCAUAAUCUGCGCAGGCGACUGGGGGCCGCAAACCGUGGUCGAAAGUAUACCCCGAAAUCUCCAGUGACCGCAGAGAACGUUGCCAAAAACGCAGAAUGGGUGCCACUCUUGCUUGCCAGUGCCGAACGGGCAUGGGCAAAUGCGAUGGCCAUGAAAGCUGCUCAAUCUGCCGAAAACACCCAGAGGCCUAUGCCGGGAUCAACGAAACGACAGAUCGCUUCGAGACUCAGACGAGCUAUCAUCUACGCGGAAAAUCUCGUCAACAUCCUCCAAGACCGUACCAUGACCGGAGCAACCGAUCUAGAUGACUUGGAGGCAAAAUCAUAUCAGUCGAUGCUGAGGGGGAGCCUGGAUUUCGAAAAGGGACGAUGGCAAGCUUGCAUUGAAAACUAUUCUGUUGCACAGGUUGUGUAUUCGGCGCUGUCCCGAACUUCCAAAACCGACAUCUACAAGGAUCUAUUGUCCGGAGUCGUGGAACCGAGCAUUCGAUAUGCUGCCUAUCAGUUGAAAAUGCCUCGCACAAAGGCUAUCACAGAGAUCGCCAUUGAAAAUUUCCCCAAAUCCGAAGCCGAACUGCGCAAAGAAGUGGAAAACAUCAACCCGCAAGCGUUUUUAUUAGGGACGGAGACCGCUCCAACCAAGGAAGGGCCGAAAGAGCUUCCAUCUACGAUCUCCUGGAGAGGCAGAAAAGUGAAGCUUGAAGAUGCCAGUAUUUCCCAAGCACUGGAGAUCUCCCAGGAACGGGAAGAGGCCUUAGCCACAGCGUACAAAUCUUUCCGACAAGGAUCGUUGAGCGCCAGAGACCUCGCGACUGCAUACGAGGAAGUAAUCACAGCCCGUCAAGAUGCUGCAGACGCAACCAAAACCGCCAUUGACGAGCUCGUCGCCGAAGGUGUCGAUCCUGGUGACGUUCGCAUGCAAUCUUUGCAAAUCACUCGCACCGCCGUCAACUACGCCGUCGUCGAAUGGAGAAUCGGCCGCAACAGAGUCCUGUGUGGCUCCGAAGACGGUCUGGCCUUCGAAUCCGAAAAACCGAAACAAAUACUGAAGCCACGCAAAGAUGGCAAGCCUCGUACGCCAAAGGAAGAGAGUUCUGGACGUAAACUAUCUCGUCUCCGCGAGCGAGUAGCGCUGUACGAUUCGAUCCUACAGAAUCUCGAAGCUGUCAAGGAACUACCAGGUGUGAUGGCAGAUAGUGCGUUUGUGGAAGAACUCGACGCAAAAAGGGCAUAUUUCCGCUCCUUGAAAUGUUUGGCCAUCGGUCGCUCGCACGCGAUCAACGAUAAGAUUCCAAACGCACUGGCUCUCUACGCGCGAGCAUCAGACCUGGCACGAACUGUACCGACUCAGUUAGGGGCUGAACCUGCUGCCAGCUCGUCUUCGUUGGACUCGCCGCCCAAACUCGAUCUUUCAUCACAGAACUUGCAACAGACAACCUCUACACUCGGCAAACUAGUCACGCAAUACCGCGCCUUGGCAGAACUGAAAAAGCUCACUCAACAACAAACCCCCCCAUCCGCCAACAAGGAUGACCGACGCACCGAUGCCACCACUAUCAAACCUGCCCCGCUGAUUGAACGACUCGACCGCAAUGAGUACCUCGACAACAUCGACUUGACGAAUCUGGUGAAUUACCCGCCCAAGCUACGGCCCGUGCCUGUGAAGCCGCUCUUCUUCGACCUCGCGUGGAAUUACAUCGUAUAUCCGGGCCAAAAACGUGGCGUGGAAGAGGAAGACAUCAAGGCCGGAGCUGUGAAUGGAAAGGUGGACGAGCGGGAUACGGUGAUGGAAGAAGCCCCGAAGCCGGCGAAGAGGGGCUGGUUUGGGUUUGGACGAUGA